AUGGAUAUCACAACUAUUUUGAACAGAAAAGGUUCUGUAGCUAUGGUUAAUGCAGAUGCUCCGUUCGACCAUCAGCAGUUCAUGCAGAGCUCGAAUCUUGACAGUUCAUCAUCCCCCAAAAUGAAAUCCGAACCGUCCGCAUCAAGCGAUCAACCAGUGCUAUCAUACCCUCCUCAUGGUCCGCUGAGUCAGAUGCCAAACAUGCAUCAGGAUAUGCGGUACCAGGCGCAACCGCCACCCAACCCAGUGCUUCCUUUACUGCAGAAUCCGUAUCUUCCUGGAGGAUACGCCAGUAACUCCCAGAUCCCAACCACCGGUGCUGCUCAAGGGCGGCCAGAUCCUCCUCCGAAAACAUUUCACUGUGGGACUUGCGGGAAGGGCUUUGCGAGACGCAGUGACCUGGCACGACAUGAACGCAUUCACUCUGGCAUUCGGCCUCAUGCUUGCGACUGGCCUGGCUGCGGCAAACAGUUCAUCCAACGUUCAGCAUUAACGGUACAUUCUCGUGUGCACACUGGUGAGAAGCCGCAUAUGUGUGAAAGAUGUGGAAAGCCCUUUAGCGACUCGUCUUCCCUGGCCAGGCAUCGAAGAAUUCAUUCGGGAAAACGGCCGUACAAGUGUCCUUAUGCGAACUGCCAGAAAACUUUCACGCGCCGCACAACCUUGACCCGCCAUCAAAAUCACCAUACUGGUACUAUUGAAGAAGCAGCUGCGGAAACCGAGGCCAAUUUGCGGCAAAACAAGGAAAGAGGAAGAAUGCCCGGGGACGGAAUGUUCUCUGACCAUGCCUCGGCUCAUUCAACUCCCUCUCCUGCACUGCAUCCUCUCUCACCUGCAGGCGACCUUCCACUCAAUAUCCCCCGGUCUGCCAGCGAUUAUUACAUGGGUAACGGCUCCAUUCCAGCCCAUGUUCGUGGGGACUUUUCGCAAGCCAGCCCUCGAGCCUCGCCAACUGCCACGUCUCCAUCUCUAUCUAGCUUCAGCAGUACUCAGCUUCCCCGCCCAUCUAUGACAUCUCAUCCGACCGGCUAUUCGCCGCCUCAGCCUCUCGAACCCCCUGCCAACAAAGAACACCAUCGACCCAGCAGCGUCAGUGGGAGUCCCCACAUGCCCAGUUUAGGCUGGGCUUCACCUUCACAUGGCAGUGUUGCAUCACCCGGUUCUGCUGGCGAUUACUCAUAUCCCGAGUCUAACGGGCCCCCAUACCCUGGCUCUGUGCCUCCACACAUGUAUUUCCCCAAUUCCACCAUCCGCCGGCCCACAAGCACCGAACCCGAGAAUUAUGAAAUGAAGCCAAAAAUUGGCAACAACUCGUGGUCUGCAGCGGUCUAA